GGAGGGAAUAACAAAAAAGGGAGGGGUCCGCUUCAACCCCAGAAAUAACUCCCCAAGCCGCGCAUCGUGAGCGCCGCUGCCACCAAAGUGUUGCGCCUGUGCUGCUGGCGAGCGCUUCCGAUAGUCUUCUAAUCUUGCAGUAUGUAGAGCGCGAGUACGUCUACUGUACCAAGGCUCGAAUCCGUUCGGCAUCAUGGACACGAUAGCAGUGGCCCCAAAGGCGUCGGCGCUGGCGUCGCCCAAGAUUGUUAAGAAUGCAAAGGGCAACAUUGUGCCGAGCAGCCAGAUGGCGCAUAUCGCAUAUGGAUGCGAGCACAUGGGCGAGAUGUUUGAGAAGGCGCGCAAGCAGACGCUUCAGCACUACCGAGCCAUCCUCCAGAAUAUCCACGAGAAACCGAGUAUAAUAGCCCAGACGUACACUGCGCCGGCAGAUGCGCGCAACGUUGUGUCGCUGAGGCCGCUGUACUUAUGUCUGCAGUGUCCGAGCAUCAUGACCGAGGUGGAUCGCGAUUUGCACUUUGAGACCAAGUCGCACUGUUUCUCUGUAGAGUCGCGAGACGGCAACAUAUACUGUGGCAAUUGCCAAGACUUCAUCUACGACGAGACGUUGGACGUGCUGAGAGUACAGAAGGGCAAGAAGCGGAAGUACGAAGACAAUACCACGACCGAAGACCACAAGCUCGUAAUCAGCAACUCGACCUUCCUCCCCUGCCGCGCGAUAGGCCUGCGUGGGCUCUACAAUAUGGGCCAGACAUGCUUCAUGAGCGUCAUCCUACAGACCCUCGUCCACAAUCCAUUCAUACGAAACUUCUAUCUUUCCGAAGGUCAUAAACAGACAGAGUGCGAGAGGGACUCAUGCGUGAGCUGUGCGCUGGACGAGAUGUUUGUCGAAUUCCACUCGGCCGAGAAGACGGAGGGCUUUGGCGCUGUCAGCAUGCUCAUGGGCAGCUGGCUGGCGGGAGAAGCUCUCGCGGGAUACCAGCAGCAGGAUGCGCACGAGUACAUGCAGUUCAUACUCAACACGCUGCACCAGGCGAACGGCGGAUCGACAGACGACUCGGAAGAUUGCAAGUGCGUGGUGCAUCAGGCGUUUUGCGGGAAGCUCUCAAGUACGGUGACAUGUGACAACUGUCGCAAUGUGACCACGGCGCAAGAUCCGUAUAUGGACCUUAGUUUGGACGUACGGAUACAGGGCAAGAAACGGAAGAUCAAGGAAGAAAAGGGUGAAGAGACUCCUUUGGAUUUGAGGGACUGUCUCGAACGCUUCACGGUGAAAGAGAAGCUGGGCUCAGCAGAGUACACAUGUCGAAACUGCGAUAGUCCGCAGAAUGCGACCAAGCAGCUGAGCAUUAAGAGGCUACCACCAGUCCUCUCCAUUCAUCUCAAGCGCUUCGAGCACACGAAAUCCACGUCCUCCAAGAUCGAAACCCCCGUUCGCUUCCCCGUCAAACUAGACAUAUAUCCCUAUACGACCUCACACAAAGCCGCCAUGCGCGCCGCGAAGACCUCCGGCGCACCACCCUCGAACCACAACGUCAACAGCCCGGCGAACGCCCUCGUAUACGAACUGAGCAGUGUCAUCGUACACAAAGGCAAAAUCGACUCUGGACACUAUGUCAGUUACAGCAGGGAGGGCAACGACUGGUUCAUGUUCGACGAUAGCAAGGUCGUGCUGGUCAGUGAGGCAGAGGUCCUCGCUGCAGAGGCCUAUCUGCUAUUCUACAUGGUUGGCGGACUAGAGGUAUAGGAGCCUCCUAGGAGGAAGGUGGAGUCCCAAUGGUUUAGUGUACAGUAUUGUCCGGGCAUGUUACAGGUCAAGGAGCUGCAUUAAAGGCGUUGAAAGGGCACCCGGCGUUUGUGAGGGAGGUUGAGAAGCCCUCUUUAUCCUAGGAUUAUCUGGCAUGCACGGCUUCAACGUUGUCACUUUCUGAACACAUUACAAGUUUUCCUCCACAGACUUCACCAGCUUCACUACGCAGUAGAUCAUCCUGACUUCCUUCGAACGCAUUGGUGUUCAUCAUCCCCUUCCCAAUCA